GGUAAGCCUGGCAUGGCGCGUUGCACUCAGCUCUUGAUUGCUGCUCUCAACUGCGGCCAGAGUGAUCAGUGAUCAGUCAGUGGCAAGUCACACAUCAAACAUCAUCGUGUACAGCUGGACAUCGACAUGGCCACCGGACGAUCUUGAGGAAUAGGGCUUGGAGUAGGACUGAGGGAAUAGGGCUGACGCAGCAGGGAUGGCAGAGAGCAGUAGCAGUGUGAUGGGUCAGCAAGUGGGGGCGCAUGAGUCACAACUACUUGGACUCGAGCUCAGCGAAAAUGCACCAGCUGCAUCGGCUGCAGCGGCUAGCAGCAAAAAGCUGGAUGAGCUGCCCGAACGAGGCAGCUGGACCAAUAAACUCGACUUUAUCUUGUCAGUAGUCGGGCUUGCCAUUGGACUUGGCAAUGUGUGGCGAUUUCCCUACCUCUGCUACAAGAAUGGUGGGGGUGCUUUUCUCAUCCCCUACUUCCUCACACUGUUGCUGGCCGGGAUUCCCAUGUUUUUCCUCGAGCUGGCUCUCGGUCAGAUGCUAACCAUCGGAGGUCUUGGCGUCUUCAAGAUUGCACCCAUAUUUAAAGGAAUUGGUUAUGCUGCGGCCGUCAUGUCAUGUUGGAUGAAUGUCUAUUACAUAGUCAUUUUGGCGUGGGCCAUUUUCUACUUUUUCAUGUCAGUCAGAUACGAUGUACCCUGGAGGACCUGUAACAACUACUGGAACACCGAGUACUGUGUGAAUCCAUAUGACAGGAACUCUCUGACUUGCUGGAAAAAGUAUUACAAUUCUUCCAGUUUCCAAACAUUUUGCUCAAUCAACUCACAAAAUGUUUCUGUCAGAGAUCUGACAGAUCCCGUCAAGGAGUUCUGGGAGAGGAGAGUUCUGCAAAUAUCAGAAGGUGUGCAACAUGUCGGAGGGGUGAGGUGGGAACUUGCUGGCACCUUACUCAUUGUCUGGGUCAUGUGCUACUUCUGUAUUUGGAAAGGAGUCAAAUGGACUGGAAAGGUGGUCUAUUUUACAGCACUUUUUCCCUACUUCCUGCUUACAGUUCUACUGAUAAGAGGUAUUACACUACCAGGUGCUGCCGAAGGAAUACGCUUCUAUAUUAGUCCGAAUCUGUCCAAACUGGGUGAUUCAGCUGUAUGGAUCGAUGCUGUCACUCAAAUAUUCUUCUCAUACGGACUUGGUCUUGGUACAUUGGUAGCUCUAGGAAGCUACAACAAAUUCACCAACAAUGUUUACAAAGAUGCGUUGAUAGUAUGCUGUGUGAAUUCGGGGACCAGUAUGUUCGCUGGCUUUGUAAUAUUCUCUGUUGUUGGAUUUAUGGCUCACGAACAACAAAAGCCAGUUGAUGAGGUUGCCGCUUCAGGUCCUGGUCUGGCUUUCCUAGCCUAUCCUUCAGCUGUUCUACAGCUCCCUGGAGCACCGCUUUGGUCAUGCCUCUUCUUCAUCAUGCUAUUAUUCAUAGGUCUCGACAGUCAGUUUUGUACAAUGGAGGGCUUCAUAACAGCUAUGGUGGAUGAAUACCCACAUUUACUGAGAAGACGUAAGGAGGUUUUCAUAGGAAUAGUAUGCAUCUUAUCGUAUCUAGCUGGUUUCACAUGUAUAUCGAAGGGCGGAAUGUAUGUGUUCCAAAUACUGGAUUCUUACGCUGUGAGUGGUUUCUGCUUGUUAUUCCUGAUAUUUUUCGAGUGCAUUGCUGUAUCCUGGGCUUUUGGAGUCAACAGAUUCUAUGAUGGGAUAAAAGAGAUGAUUGGAUAUUACCCAUGGGCUGGAUGGAAAGUAUGCUGGGUCUUCACUACACCUGUCAUCUGCUUAGGAGUAUUUUUCUUCAACUUGAUUCAAUGGCAACCAGUAAAAUACCUUGACUAUGAAUAUCCAUGGUGGAGUCAUGCAUUCGGUUGGUUCACUGCUUUGUCUUCCAUGCUUUGCAUUCCUGGUUACAUGAUGUGGAUAUGGAUGAAGACACCAGGAGAUUUCAACACGAAAAUGUCAUUGCUGGUGAGAAUAGAGGAUGAUGUUCCUGCGCUGCGUAGACGGAUGCAAGGAGGAGGAGCUGUGAAUGCAGCCGCAGCUGAGCUGUGAGGGGGGAGAGGAAUGGACUCGGCUCCAUCGCACUCAGCCAUCUCUUACAUGUACUUUUGAAAACAUAGAAUUAGCUUUGCAGACAAAUUAUCGAUUGUUAUUAACUGUAUUAUUUUAUUAGUAGCCUAAUGCAAUAAUUUAAAUCAUUCUUCGGUGUACUAAAAUUAUUGAUCAUCAGAACUAGGUUGUUGAAGUUUUGUAUCUAUGUAGAGUUGUACAUGUGUGUAAUUCUUAAGAUUUAAUACUGUCUGUUUAAGUGUAUUAUAAGAGAAUGUAUGCUACUGUAAUAAUAUAUGUUGGCAUGUGGAGCACAAAUCUGACUUAAAUGAACUUCAAAUGAUAUUUGAAAAA